AUGAACAAUUCGCAAUUCGAUGUUAGUGAUUUUGUAGAGGCUUCAAAGGGCAAGACUUCAUUGAAAUUUCAAGAUGCUAAACAGCAAGGUAAAUUUGAAUUAGGUGUUACCAUGAUGAUAUAUAAAUGGGAAGCAUUGGAUAUUGCUGUGGAAAAUCAAUGGGGUGGUCUUGAAUCUAGUGAAAAGAGAGAUUGGCUUAAUGGUGUGGUUAUAGAGGCAUUUAUGAAUGAGAAAAUCAUUGAUGUAGAAUAUAUUGAAGAAAUACUUUUAAAUGCCAUGAUUGAUGAAUUUGACGUCAAUGUGGAAGAUGACUCAGCUUUACCAAUUGCAGCAGGUAUUAUUGAAUUAUACAAACAAUGUGAUCGAAUGGAUUAUGCCACCAUUGAUGAUUUAUAUUCCAAGUAUCUGAUAAAACAAGAACAGAAAAAAAAUUCUCCUACUUCUCGUGCUAAUAUCCAUAUCAACAAUGAUCCAUUAAAUCCUGAUAUAUCUUCAUCUGAAGAAGAGAGUGAAAAUGAGUUAGAACCAGAAGAUAUGGAUGUCGAUAUGGAAGAUAGUAAUGAUUAUAAACCUCCUGCACCAGUAGUAGAUGAUGAUGGGUUCGAAUUAGUUCAAAAGAAGGGGAAAGGCAGGAGACAUUAG